GCCCCGGCCCGCCGGCAGCAUGUCAGCUCCCGGCGCCGCCUCCCGCAGGUAACACCCGCCCUUCCGCUGCCGCCGCUUCCCCUCCUAUAUGGGCCACCUGCUCUCGAAGGAGGCAAGGAGCCUGAGCCGGGACCGCCGCCGCCCGCGGGGGAAGGUGCCGCCGCCGCGCAGCCGGAGCUGCUUCCUGCGCGGGCCCUGCAUGCUCUGCUUCAUCGUGCACGGCGCCAGCCCGCCCGCCCCGGAGCAGCCGCUGCCCGCCGGGGAACCGCUGCUGCUGCCGCCGCCGCCGCCCUACGUGUCGCUGACCGCCGCCGAGCAGCGCGUCGCCCGCCGCCUCCUGCGCCUGGCGCCCGCCGCCUGGGAACCUCCGGGCCGCUGCCAGCGCCUCUUCCUCUCCGGCCUGCUGCCCUCCCCGGUGCGGGGCCUCCUGGGGCCGCCCGGCGAGGUCUCCUCCGAGAUGGUGUGCAAGCGCAAGGGGGCCGGGCUGCCCGCCUGCCCGCCCUGCAAGCAGCCGCGCUGCGCCGCCGCCGAGCCCGAGCCCGGCGCCUGCCAGUGCCCGGCGGAGCCGCAGCUGCUCGCCCUGCCCGGCGCCGCGGGGGAGAGCGGCGGGGGCACCGCCGGGCACAGCGGCGGGGGCCAGCCCGCCUCGCCGCCGCCUCCCGCGCCGCAGGACGAGAAGGAACAGGGCCGCGAGGAGAAGAAGGAGCGGGGCGGCGAGGCGGGCUGCGAGGAGCCCCUGGAGUACCCCGGCGACGGCUGCCGGGACCUGCCGCCGCCGCCCGCCCCGGACAUCAAUCAGCUGCCACCUUCGAUCCUUCUCAAGAUAUUUUCCAACUUGUCUCUGAAUGAGCGUUGCCUCUCAGUGUCAUUAGUCUGUAAAUAUUGGCGUGACCUCUGUUUAGAUUUUCAGUUUUGGAAGCAACUGGAUCUCAGUAGUCGUCAGCAGGUCACUGAUGAGCUGUUGGAAAAAAUAGCAUCAAGAAGCCAGAAUAUUACUGAAAUCAAUAUUUCUGAUUGUCGUAAUGUAUCUGAUACAGGAGUAUGCAUAUUAGCAAUUAAAUGUCCUGGGCUCCUAAGGUAUACUGCCUACAGAUGUAAACAGCUUUCUGACACCUCUAUUAUUGCAGUUGCCUCUCAGUGUCCUCUUCUACAGAAAGUGCAUGUGGGCAAUCAAGACAGACUCACUGAUGAAGGCCUGAAGCAGCUCGGUUCAAAAUGCAGGGAAUUGAAAGACAUACAUUUUGGGCAAUGUUACAAGAUCUCAGAUGAAGGAAUGAUCAUUAUUGCUAAAGGCUGUCUGAAGCUGCAAAGAAUAUAUAUGCAAGAAAACAAAUUAGUGACAGAUCAGUCGGUGAAAGCUUUUGCUGAACAUUGCCCUGAGCUGCAGUAUGUUGGUUUCAUGGGUUGCUCUGUUACUUCAAAAGGAGUCAUUCACCUUACCAAUCUAAGAAAUCUUUCAAGCUUGGAUCUACGUCAUAUCACAGAACUGGACAAUGAAACCGUGAUGGAAAUAGUAAAGAGAUGCAAAAACCUUAAUUCUCUCAAUCUGUGUCUGAACUGGAUCAUUAAUGACAGAUGUGUGGAGGUGAUUGCCAGAGAAGGACGGAACCUGAAAGAGCUGUAUUUAGUAUCCUGUAAGAUCACAGACUAUGCUCUGAUAGCCAUUGGGAGGUACAGCAUGACAAUAGAGACGGUGGAUGUUGGAUGGUGCAAAGAGAUCACAGAUCGUGGAGCCACCCAGAUUGCUCAGCGCAGCAAAUCCCUCAGAUACUUGGGACUGAUGAGAUGUGAUCAGGUGAAUGAGGCCACAGUGGAGCAGCUGGUGCAGCAAUAUCCACAUAUAACCUUCAGCACUGUGCUGCAAGAUUGCAAGAGAACGCUGGAGCGGGCUUAUCAAAUGGGCUGGACACCCAAUAUGUCUUCUGGCUCCUAACCUUCUGUACCAACAUGUUCCACUCUGCUGCAUUCAGUAGAUCUAAUGGGGAUUGAAGGGUUUAUAACCUUUCAUAUGAUGCAAUAUAGUUGUGAGUUUACAGAGGUUACAGUAAAAUGGCAAAAGCUGUACACUGACUUUAACGUACUGUGCAACUAAGUACAAAUAUUGAAGCAAAACUUUAGAAAUGCAUUGUGGUUUUGUUUGCAUAAAAGAUAUAAAAGCCUUUGGCAAAUUUCUUGAAGUGGGUUCCUACUAGUUCUCUGGAUAGUUGAGUUAUAGAUGUUAAGCUUGUUUUCCUCUGUUUACUUUGCCAUGGUCAUGUGUGUUUCCUUUGAUCUGUAAAUGGUAACUCAGUGCAGCUGAUCAACAGAGUCCUGUAUUUAAACUGGGAACUAACUUGUUGCUUUUUAUUUACUAAAGUGUUUAUGAUACAGAGUAAUAAGAAAAUCUACAGUGAUUUACCAUUUUCUCAUCUUUUAUUUCUUUAAAUAUAAGAAGCUGUAGUUAUAUUAAAAAUCUUUCCACCUUGAAAUUUUAAUAAUGAGUAACAGUGCUUACCAGCUGUACUUCAUGAAGACAAAGAAUAACUCAAUACACCAACUAUCAGAAAUAAGUUGGUGAUGCUUAUUGUAUUUGGCUAAAAAGAUUUACUGUCUAUUGUAAAUGAACUUGUCCUCUCUGACUAUGCUGUUCUGUAGAUGAAUUGGAAAAUUCAGAUGAAUGGAAAUAUGUCAAUAACAGGAUCUCUCUCAUUUCCUGUGUGGUUUUAUUUUAGAAUGGAUUUUACAAUGCAAAUAGUACUUACCUUGAGAAGGCCACUAAACACUAUGAUGAGCUCCAUCAUAGGUGUCAGAUGCUUCUUAAUACAGUGUGUGCAAAGAAAUACCCAAAUUUAACACAUAAAAUUAUUAAUUUCCUUUGUGGGACUGUUAUGGCUUAACCCCAAGUCACAACCAAGUACCACACAGCCUUUUUGUUCACUCUCACACAUUGCAUUCUAAGGAGUUAAAUUUUAGCAGGGAAUUGUGAAAAUACAGACAUUGCAGAUUCAAUUUGGAGUUGCUUUAACUUUUAGAGUAUUACCACUUGGUGAAGAAUGUUGUCAGGUGUGUAACACUGGAUAUUUGUUUUUCAAAGGUUACAACAUUUUAAUCCAAACUAUGAAAUGCUUAAGCUUCAGCUGAAAAGUUGUCAUUAUUGUCAAAAUGUUUUGCUAAUCCAGAAGGCCUAAUGCAGCAUAACAUAGAAGCUUGUUUAGUAUGGCUGUAUAACUCUGUAAAGCUCUUUGUUGAUUUCCAUAGCAUAAUUUUUUACAACAGAAACAUCAGCUCACGUUACUUCCCGUGAGGAUGUUGAAUGUUUUAUUAUUAGACUUUUCAAAAUGGGGAUGAACUAAUUUCUGUGGAAAAAAUAUAUCGUAAAGAUUUUGUUUAAAAUAAGUGGUAAAUACUUGUGAACAUGUGUAAUGCUAUGCUGUUUAUUUACUCAAAAAUGGCAACAAUAUUUUACGAAUGAAGUCAGUGAAUUAUAUUACAGAUAUAGUACAGAAUCUUAGUCAAUUUUCUUUUAAUGUCUCUUUAUGAGUGCAUUAAAACUAUUUACACAAUUUGUAAGUUUCUAUUUUUUUGUGAAACCUUUGAUCUUGCAAUAAACUUUUGAAAUAAAGAUGUGAUGUUUUCUGUUUAUCUGUGCUGCUAACUGCACUUAGCCUGUACUAACAGAGAGUCUGAAAUCUCCAUUGUUGAAUAGAUAGAACUCACAUGAUCCUUAGUAAACUGGCCUUUAUGUGAUUGACAGAGUUUAACUGAUGACAUCCAGAGAUCUUUUUCAAUCUCAAAUGUAUUGUAACUGUACAGACUUCCUAAAUUUUAUGGGUCUCGUUGGUAAUCUCUUUUUACUUCUGUUGUUUAAGUCACUUCCAGUAGUUUUGUCUUUUACUGACUAUUCAUCUCUCAGUUUUAUGAACAUACUAAUCCAUAGAUCUCACCGUGACUAAUUAAUUUUAGUUUAUGUGGUGUAAGAACUCUAGAUGGAAAUACAUUUUUCUAAUUGCAGUGUUGACACAGAUAGUUCCUUAAUUUCCUUAUUUAAUCAGUUUCCAAAGUAGUUUUAGAGGAAUAAAUAAUAGUACACACUGGUUAAUCUUUGAUAUGUUGUGCAGGGGAAAUAUAGCCUGGUAGAAGAAAAGCUACUGCUUCUUGUGAAAAUAAAAAUUACUCCUGUUUUCUCCUAUGCAAAACUUAGACUGAACUUAAAAACUCAUAGGUAGCUUCUGGUUUCCCUAGGUCCUAAAGGCCUACUUUACUAAAAAAAAAAAUUACCUUUUUUUCCUUAAAACUCUUUGUGGGAAUCUGCUGUUAAGAUAAGGUAACCUGUGUCUCAGCACUUUUCUUACCAGAAACAUUUCAUGGAUGGGUUUGUUCAGCCUGCAGAAAGGCUCUGAAGUGUUUUAAUUAAGGGGUAGGUAGUUUUAGGAGAGAGACAGAUAAUGUUUAUUUUCAGUCAUUCACAUUUUAAUUCCAAGUGUAUUUAAGGCUUAAACUCACAUAGUUCACCUGGUGAUUAUUGCACCCGUGUCUCACCACCUGAAGGCUAUGUGGAGAGGUGUGUUCUCGUGCAAUUUGUCUCACCAGGGGGAAUGGACACUGGAUGUUCCUCGUGCAGAUUCAAAGACACUUUGUCCAGGCUCCCAGAUUAGUGGAAAAUUUAGUGAAAUGCCAAUUCCAAGAUGGCAUACCUCCUUCUUAGCAGGUGCUCUGUGUAGUACUAGGAAUAUUGUAGUAAUCUUUGAACAGGGACAUAGUGUAUUUCUCUUAAAAAUAUCAAAACUGUGUAGUUCAACCAGUUAUGCCCCAUCAGAUGGGAUAAGUAUCUUCAGGCUUACCUGUGAAUGUCCUGAUACCCCAGGUGGGAGUUUUACACCUGAACCAGUUGUGCAGGGGAGGAUGUGGCAGGGUAAAAUGUUAUCCCACUUCACAUGAUGUGCUUUUUAUCAGCCUUCUCUGUUACCUGGCUCAAAAACCCAGCUUGCUGCCAAACAAAGGUUGGUUUGUUGUGGUCAUCCUCCACUGGCUCACCCCUUCUGCACCUUGGCUGUUCUUAGACAGAUCAGAGAUUUUGCCACUACACACCUGAAAACUCUCCUCCCCCAUUUAGUUGGGGGUACAAAUCUGCCCCCAGCAAAUCCCUUGCUUUUGCCAGUGGCUGAUAGAGUCACUAACCUUUAACAUUUUGGUCUCUCACACUCCCUGGGAAAGGAUGGACAUGGACCUGUUGGAGUAAGUCCAGAGGAGGCCACCAGGAGCACCUCUGCUUUGAGGAAGGCUGAGAGAAUUAGGAUUGCUCAACCAGAAAAAAAGGAAAGCUUCAGGAUGAGGUAGAUCUGGCCUUCCAUUACCUGAAGGGAGCACACAAAAAAGAUUGAGAACUUUUUACAGGAUCAUGUAGUGACAAGUCAAGGGUAAUAGUUUCAAACUGAAGAAGAGUAGGUUUAGAUUAGAUACAAGGAAGAAAAUCUUUACUGUGAGGGCAGUGAAGCACUAGAACAGGUUGGCCAGAGCAGCUGUGAAUGCCCCAUCAAGGGGACAUCAAAGUCAAGACAGAGUUCUGAGCAACCUGGUCUCUGCCAGUGUCAGACGGAUCUUUAAGGCCUGGUCCAACCCAAGGUAUUGUUUGAUCCUGUGAAAACAAGCUGUAAUCCCUUUUAAAUGAGAAAAUGAACUCUACUAAGAACAAACAGUUGAUUUUUUUCAGCUGGGUUCCUCAAUGAACUCAAUGAUGUCCACCCAGAUUAUCAAGAUAAAUAUGGUCUUGCUGAUGCUUCAUGAAUUGUGGUGUUGACAGGAGCAAAAUCAAGAGAAGCAGCAGGUCACAUACACAAUGGUUUUAGGAAAACAGAAGCCCAAUACAAGCUUUCUUCAGGUCAUGGGAUCUUGAACAAGGAAAGGAAAAGGACUGUUACAUCUAGUAGAUAAUUAGGAUAGGAAAGGAUACAGUAUUUCUGUUGGAAGACACCUGCAGUGACCAACUAGUCCAACUGUCUGACAGCACUGACCAAGAAAGGGCAGCAUCCAAAUGUUUCUUGAACACUGACAGAUUUGGGGCAUUGAUCAUCUGCCCAGGAAGCCUGUUCCACUGUUUGACCACCCUCCUGUUAAAGAAAUGGUUCAUAACAAAAUAAUGCAUUGCAAAAGAACAAUGGUAAGAGCAUGCAUGGAAAGAAUGUGAUGAUACCUGACCUUGUAAAUGUUCAGAUUUGUAUUUUAAAGCAGGUGAGGGUUUAUAUUGCUUAUUUAUGAAACCCCAUAUUAAGAGAGUCACUUUAAAGCAGAUCCAUUUAAAGCAGAUCCAUUACAAUAAAACAUUACAAUAAAAUAUUUAAAGCAA